UAAACGUCAUAAUAAUUAGAAUAAUAACUUUCUUAUCUUAUUUUCUAUAACUCUAUUAAUAAUAAUUAUUUAUAAAAUUAUUGUAUUAAAAUUUAUUUUAUUCAACAUAAAUUAUACCAAUUUGAUCUCUCCAACUAGUAUUUUCACAAUCUUAAACAAUUUUAUCCAAACACCCUAUAAUAAUGAUAUAAUUGGAUGAGGAUAAAUGCGUAUUUGCAUCCGUGCCCUUUCACACUUCAACAGAAAACCAAAAACCAAAACAAAAAAGAAAAAACAAUACAUAAAUUUGAGAUCUUCAGAAAUCAGACUUGAAUACGUAAAGCAGCUCUCAUCAUCGCACGCGAAAGCUCCUCUCCUCCUCCUUUGCAACGGUGGCUAACGGCGGCGGUUGUGGCGGCGGCGGUGGUGGUUGUGCAGGUGGAUGGCAAGAAGCAACAAGUACACCUCCCUCAACUUCAAUGGAAUUUUCGAGAAAAAGCUGAGCAACAACAAUCAUCAAUCCGCCACCAGCACCCCUUCCUCCGCUAAAUCAUUUUCCAAUCAGAGCAAAACCGUCUUAUCCAAUUCCCGGAUCCAUGGACAUAUGCUCGUUUUGACCCGACCCACGCCCAAACCCAUCUCCAUCCCCCAGAAAUCGGAAAUCAAGGAGCAGAUCUCUUCCGCUUCUCCUCCCCCUCCGCCGCCGCCCUCAGAUCAGAUCAAGGCCGUGUCCGAACCCGAUUCGAUCUCCCUCCGCCCGCAGGGCCGGACCGGGUCCGCGCCGGUGCUGAGCUCGUCGCCCUUGCCUUCUCCCGUGUCGCCGCUGCCGUCGAAGUUCGUGCCUCCGCAUCUCAGGCCGGGGUUCGUGGGGAAAGAGGAGAAGCCGGGGUCGGAGCUCGUGAAGAGCGGCUUUAAGGCUAAACCGGAUUUCAGAGGGCACAGACCGGGUCAGGGUCAGGAUCCGGGGAAUUACGGGUCUGUGGUGAUCGAGGGGAGGCCGAAAUCUGGAAGCGGGUAUGACCCGAUAAGGAGAGGCCGUGAGCUGUCGGAUCUGAACCGCCCCGGUUCCAGUGGGACCCGACCCAGUUCUAGUGGAUGAUGGUUGCUCGCUGAACUCUUUUAUCAAAUUGUUGAGAAGCAAUCUAUAAUUGCAGACGCAUACAACUGUUCUUACUUGCAAUAGGAUAAACAGUUGAGAUUCAGUCUGGAGUUGCGAGUAAUGUAGAAUGCUCGAAACCUUUUGGUAAUGGAAGAUGGAUGGAUUCUAACACAGCUCUUGGUUUGAGGCUCUAUCACCAUAGUGUUCCACUGUUGGUUUGAGGCUUCAUCAGUAUCUUAUAUUUUACGUUUAUUUUUGGAGCAAUGUCAAUAAUAAAGACGGCAACGUUGAACUCUAAUAUUUGCUUUUGUGAUGUUUUGUGUUACAGUGUCUAUUGUGAAAAUAUUUACAAGGAAUUUUAUUUA